GGAGAGGAGUUUGGCCAAACGAGCAUACUUCCAUACCAUAGUUAACUACUAUACGGAGUAACUACUCGAUAACUCGUUGACAUCAUGACACACCAUGGAACGGCCAAAUAACGGCCAGGCUGAGCGCGCCAAGCCUGUAAGAUGCAACUAUGAAAGGCGAUGAGGUGAUUGGGUCGCUUGCUCUCCAAUCUCCAAUCUCUCUCUCUCUCUCUCUCUCUUUUGCUUGCUUGCUUCGGAGCCGAUAAACUCGGCUGCUUCUUGUUCGUUCCCAAGGCGGCGUUCUUGGCCUUGUUGCCCAGGUCGGAGGAAUAUUGUUGUGCUAUGUGCCCCAGAAAAGACACAAGCCAAGGCAAGACAAGCCAAGGCAGGGCAGGGCAAUGGGCAAUAAUAAUAAUGGGCGCUUGCUUGCGCUUUGGUUCUGUCAUCCAUGCAUGGUUGGUUUGGUUGAACAUGGGUAAAAAAACAUGUAAAUAGCUGAUCUCCCCCGUUGUCGCCUCCCUCCGACUGUCCCCUGUCCUGUCGCCGUCCCUUUAUCCUUUCUUCUUCCUUGCUUUUGGCGCCAUCUUCGCGUAUCAUUUUUCGUGUCCUCUGUUAUGAGCCUUGCCCCCCCCCCCCCCUCAACAAGGGCCUUCGAGUUAUGGCUUAUAAUGAUGCUGCGGAUAACCCGGACGCGGCUAGGAGCAAUUGGACAGAUGUAUCGAUUUCAGGGAAGGCAGAUUUAAAGGAAAUCGAUCAUUAUGGCGACAGCGACGGCCCCGAGCCGACGGAACACGAGCUGGAUACCCUCAGGCGCAUUCCUGACAAAGUUCCCUGGAUCUGCUUCACCGUUGCUUUCGUCGAGUUAUGUGAACGGUUUGCCUAUUAUGGAACCACAAUCGUCUUGACCAAUUUCGUCCAGCAACCGCUCCCGGAAGGAUCUACUACCGGAAACGACCCUAGAUCCAAUGGCCAACCUGGAGCUCUCGGCAAGGGUCAACGAGCUUCCCAGGGAAUGGUAUUGUUCAAUAAAAUGUGGUCGUAUUUUGCUCCCCUCUUCGGCGGCUACUUCGCUGAUACGAAAUGGGGAAAAAUGAGAACCAUUCAAUACUCUAUUGCUCUUGCUAUGUUUGGCCAUAUCAUCCUUAUCGUUUCCGCUCUUCCUCCCGUCAUUCAGCAUCCCGAUGGAGCUCUGGGAUGUCUCGCCAUUGGCCUUCUGGUUUUCGGUGCUGGCGUGGGUGGUUUCAAGCCUAAUAUUUCCCCGCUCAUGGUUGAGCAAUUGAAAUAUACGAAGAUGCGCGUCGUUGAACGGAAAGGCGAAAAGAUCAUCCUGGACCCCGCUCUCACUACGCAGCGUAUUUUCAUGUAUUUCUAUCUUUGCAUUAACAUCGGUUCCAUCGUUGGUCAGGUUACCAUGGUCUACGCCGAGCGCUACAUUGGUUUCUGGCUCUCCUUCACACUCCCUACUGUAAUGUUCUGCUUCUGCCCUCUUGUGCUGGGAGUGUUCCACAGCAGAUACGUUCACUAUCCGCCGACCGAAUCCGUCCUAGGAAACGCCGUGAAACUUAUCAGGUUUGCUUGCAAGGGGAAAAUCUCCUGGAACCCUAGAAGAACUAUUCGUAACCUAGGAUCGCCGGCUUUCUGGAACGAUGUCAAGCCUUCAAACGUCGCAAACAAGCCCAAGUGGAUGACUUUCGACGAUGCUUGGGUUGAACAAGUGGCCAGAGGAACCAAAGCCUGUUUGGUGUUUGCGUAUUAUCCACUCUUCUGGUUGGCGUACAAUCAAAUCGACGGGAAUCUCACCUCCCAGGCUGCAACAUUGGAGCUUCACGGCGUCCCGAACGAUCUCAUCAACAACCUCAACCCACUUGGGAUUGUCAUCAUGAUUCCGAUUUUGGAUUUAAUUGUUUAUCCGUGCCUGCGUUUCCUUAAAAUUCGCUUCUCCCCGCUGCGACGGAUGGCGGCUGGUUUCUUUAUUGCCACUUGUGCGAUGAUCUGGGCUGCCGUUGUCCAACAUUUCAUCUAUACCACAGGUGCUUGCGGGAGAUACAUGAAUACCUGCCCUACUCCUGCUCCAAUAAACGUCUGGGUCCAGGCUGGCUCGUAUGUUCUCGUUGGUCUAUCCGAGAUCAUGGCUUCGAUCACUGGCCUUGAAUAUUCGUACACCAAAGCGCCUGCCAACAUGAGAGGAUUGGUUUUCGGUUUCUACCACUUCACCAGCGCUGUAUCAGCGGCCCUUGGUCAAGCCUUCGUGUCCGUUUCUGAGGACCCCCUCCUCGUCUGGAACUACACUAUUGUUGCCAUUAUCGCCUUCUUUGGUGGCGUUGUCUUCUGGUUCACAUUCAGAGGUCUCGACAAGAUGGAAGAGCAAAUGAACAUGAUCCAAGAAUCGGAGUACCGAGGCCUUGCAGGGGCAGACGCCGAUGCCAAGGUUCUCGACGACGAAUUGAAAUCAUAAUCUACCACCCGUCUCGUUUCCUUUGAUAAGUUUUCCCCCCUCUCUUCGUAUGCGGCUUCCUCCUCUCUUUCCCUCCUCUUCUUUUUAUUCCUUUUUAUUCCUUUUAUUCCAUACCUCUCGAAGAGAGCGGAGGGGACAAAAAUGCGUUCGAGUAGUAGCGAAUAUACCCCACUUUUUGCUACCUCUGCCUGCUCUGCAUAUAUUCAUGCGCAUGCGCCGACAAUACCACUUUUAUUGAUCUUUCCAACACUCCUUUUUAAUAACUCUGAAAAAUUUUAAUGCGAGAAAACUAGCGUGGGCGCAGAAUUUUCGGCAUGAGUUCUUUUUACUCUGUCAUCUAUAUUAUUAGCUAGUUUUUAGGUCCAACCCUCCCACCCCCCUGCCCCCCGGUUAUCUCCUUGUCUAGCCGCGAGGCCACAGUUAGUGCAAUACCAUUAGUGUAUCAACUAAGCUAUUAGUUCAGAAGUAGUUACCAAUCAAUAAUUUCUCAUACUACUCUACUCCGUACUGUGUAAAUUCUAUGCAAAUCUGUGGUUUCUGCUCUAUGCUUGUAUAUGAUGUGUUCUCACAGCCAACUUUCUCAUUCAUCAUCAUCAAAUUUCCCUGUCAUUCACUCAAACUUGUGUGUCUUUUGAUGUCAGUAUAAAGGAAAGAGAGCAAGGGAGAAUAAAGAUAGAGCUUCAAGAUCAAGAUCUGGUUAUACUGUAUGUAAUAAUAACAUUCCUAAGGUUAAGUUAGGUCAAAUAGGGUUACAUAAAUUACACUAAAAUUUAACACGCCAAUAUAACCGAUCUCUCAUAUCAACCAGUAGAUUAGAUUACGCGUAUUUAAUACACUAAUGUACAAGGCGUAUGAGGAGUUCAUAUUUUUCCGUUUGCUCUCUUUUAUUAUUUAUAACAAGGGACUUUGGCUCGAGAGUCGAGAGCGGCUUGGAAGAGAGAUUAAUGGCACAUGCGCUUGGUUCUACAUACGAUACAUACUCCCUACAAAAAGCCUAACUACUGUUUGUUGUAAGCGAGCGAGACGAGCUGGCGCCACAACGCGCUGAUUCGGCCUUUUGGGCUUGGCUGAAACUCCUGGCUUGAAAAACCAGCGCUUGGCUUUGCAUUUUUAUUUUUUAUAUAUUUGCGCACAAUAUAUUUAUAUUAUUAUUUAACUACUCCGUAUUCUUCCCCGGAAAAACCCGCAGAGACCGCCGUCAGCUGAUUGCGAUUGAGGAUGGCGCCCCCUCCACAUGGUAGAACGCUCAGAAAGUUCCUCCUUGGAAUAAAGAAUAAAAGAGCUCGUUUCUAGGGUAUAACUAUAUAUCCCAACCACCUAUCAGUUUCCAUUUUCCUGCCUCGGAGACUUAUUUUAGACCAUCCCAUCCAGGGACUGGCUGUCAAAGGCACCAAUUGAGAGCGAGAUAUAUAUAUUUAUAUAUAUAUAUAUAUAUAUAUCUUAAUCCAUGAGCUUCUAUUAUCCGCGCGAAGGUUGGUCUGGGGGGCGGAUGGUCAGAUUCGGCCGCAUUUGAGCUUUCCGGGCCGCACACACUACGGCGCAGUCCAAUCAAAUCCCCUAGCAGACUCUAAGACAAGAAUAAUCAGAUGGUGAAAGAUUCAGCUUGAGCACCAAGAGCACCAAGAGCGCCCGUCCUUCCAAGCCCAAAGGGGAAAAGCAUCGAUUUCACAACGAAUCCAUUCGUGUAAAUAUGCAAGUCAACCCUGUCAAACUUCCUCCGUACUAUACUGUUAAAUUUACUGCUUGAGAGCCGGCAAUCACCACAGACGCAAAGAUGACGAUGGAGCAUCCUUGUGAACGCCCCCCCCUCAUACUAUUGGAAUUCGUGCAGCAGUUUAAUUUCCCUGCUCUCAGCAACUCAGGGUCUUUCUGGGUAGGAAUUUCAGGGAAUGUGUUCCGAGGGACGUUCCUUUCUCCAUCGAACACUUGCCAGGGAACAAUCUCGUAUAUUUCUUAUCUAUCUCGACCAAAAGCUACAUAUAUAUAUGGUAUGUACAUGUACAUGUACAUAUUACAGUAAUGCACUGGGAAUGAGGCCCAAGACCCAAAUCCCAUGUUUGGCAUCCCAUUAUCACAAGCCAUGAUGAUGCGAGAACGGAACAGGCGCGAACAUGGCCGCCUGAUUGCUUAACUUUGCAUUUAAGCCCUGGGAGUCUGGGACACCCAUGCUCCCCGAUCCAGCCCUUAACGGGCUGACACCGGCGAAAACUGCCUAUCCCUACAGGUCUCUGCGGAGAGGGGACGAAGCAAAACCGUGUUGCAUCCGUCAUACCGGUAGUUAACUAUCAGAUGCAAACGCAAUGGUUAUGCCAAUAUUGUCAAGUCCCAGAACGACCUCUAUCUGGAAAACAGUUGAUAUGAGGAAGAUAGAUCGUUGUCUCUUCUAUCCAGACAAUAGAAAAGGAGGCGGGGAUGUGCUUUUGACUGCUACCCCUCCGAUACGGACCACGUAUCACGGGCGUUUAGCCUCGCUGUUUUGGCGUCCUGUAGCAUUACAGGUUUCGCAUAGAGAGAGCCCGCAAUUGAAAACAGCAUCAUUGCAUUGAGUGCUCGACUUGAGCUGACUCGUGGUACUGCCUGUUAAGUAGUUAGCACAUGAAUCAGUAUGGCAUCGAAUAUACGAGGAGCCUGAUAGUUACGCAAAAGAAGUUGCCUGUCAAUAUAGAGAUAUCGAGGCAGAUCGGCAAAAAGAGACAUCAGAUAUCAGAGCCGCAUUUUAUUGCCGGCAUGUAAUUUUGUCCAUUACUUGUAUGGGGGGGCCACCUUGCGGGGGAACUAUGUAACCAUUACCAUGCAGUGGACCUUCGGGUUUUCAAUCAACCGGGAAAAGGAGGCUUGUUUUGGGCAAUGCUGGGAUGAUAGCAGCUGAAAUAUCCCUUACAAGCAAUGGCACGCCGUUGUAUGUGCCGGGAUUAUUCACCAAAGCAUACAGACUGUAGCACGCCGUCAAUUCUACUCGCACCGUCGCCGACUCAAACAAGGAUAGACCAUCACCUUCAGCGGCUAGAUGAAUACGCUCUGUUGCUACCCGAUUUCAGUGAAUCUUGACAUUACGAGUAGUGGUUGGCGUGGCCCAAAGCUCAGAGACCAUAGAGAACUGCCACUAUACUGCCGUUAUUGCACAGAGUGGAAUAUUUUUGAUCGGAAUCGCUGGCUCCUUAAGCUAUGAGUGGCCGCUGAACCCUCAUGAUAAUAUCAUGCAAUCAUAUCCCGGAUAUAUAUGGGGAAAUUGCAACUUCUCAGACGCAAGAUCUGGCAAGAUUGCAUGAACACAGAAUUACAGCAUACACUCUACCUCCUGAAGGCAUGCGAAUAGGGUCCUAAAACUUGGUAUAUGUAUGUACAUGUACAUGUACGUAAGUUCUUUCCUAGGUUCUAACCGUCGCCAUCUAGUUACACUGCGUAACCAAGCUAUAGAUACUUUUUGUUCUCCAUUUACAGCCUGCCUGUAUUCGAGAAGGCUGUUGGGAUUCUCUUUCCUCUCUGAUACGAUAGGUUAUGGAGGUCGAAGAAUUGCGGGACGAGGAGGCUGCGGCAUGCACAGCCGGAACUCACCCCGGGCCUGAUAUGUAGCCAGAUGAUGAGAGAGAUUUUCCAACUUUGGUGGCACCUUCUUGUCGCUAAUGGCUUACUCAACUUGAUUUCCAGCUAUGCUGAGGAUAUCCCUGAGUGGGCAAGGAGGGGGCGUGCUCUAUUUGCAGGAGAAAGCCCGGGGAAGGGCUGUGAGUUAACAGGACUAGAUACUGUUCAUAUUGGUGGGUUUCUCUUCUGUCAUUUGAUACUUGCACUUUAUCUCACUUUUGGUGACACUGAUAACCCGGCUCAGGAAAAAACGGGAAUUGUGCCACCGACGGACGGCACAACAGAUAAGAGUAGGAAAUCACAUCUAAUGACCCCGAGCCACCGUGAAUGGAAUAGAAACUGGAAGAAUCAACAACCUGUAGUGGGCUAUAUACGUAUAACUAUGUUUUAUGAGCCUAUUUACAUAAACACACAAAAUUCCUACCAUGAGAACAAAAAAAGGGAGUCAAACAUGACUGCGAGGCCCCGAAUUUACCACUCCACUUGCCAAUCACAAAACCUUAAUCUCUGCCGGUCCCGUCAACGGCAAGUCAACCUUUGCGGAUGACACCCCGGUUUCAGGAUCAUACUCGAACUGAGAACCCUCAUCACCACCCUCCUUGGAAACUUUGGCCGGCUUCCCGUCACGACCCAGCACCGAGAUAGAGGCGAUCUUCAACUGGCCAAUGGCCUCGUAGUCAAACUUACCCUCCAUUCUGAAUAGCCCCUUGCCAUACGAGAAUUGGAUCUCCGUUCUAUGCUUUUGCUCUAGAGAUUCGCCAUCGUCAAGGUAUAGAGUUCCAGCAGCAUUGCCAUCAAGCCCGGGCGCAAUGAUAAUGUCAAACGGUUGCUCGCGGAGGCCUUUGGUGGUGUUGGCACCGUUACUUCUAAGUGGGACGAUGUUUCCCCCGCGGAUAUGGAGGGGGAUGUGGGUGAAAGGGAUAUCGUUGAGAGUGAUGGAUUUGCCUUCGCCGCGGACUGGUUUGCCGGUGUAAUAAUCAUAGAAGAUAUCGUCUGGCAGAUAUAUGUCUACGCUUGUGGAAUUCUCCUCCGUCACAGGGCUGACGAGAAUGGCGUCUCCGUAGAAGAAUUGAAGAUCGAUCGAGAAGGUGUUUUGGUCCUUAGGGUACAAGUAGAAUAGCGGAUUGAGGAGAGGUUCACCCGUCUUUGUCUGCCGGUAAAAGGCCGUAUAAAUGUAGUCAAGCAGCUUGUAUCUAAUUUCGAUAGCUUUCCGGGCGGCUUCCGCGACCGACUCCCAGCGGUAGAAUUCUUGGCUUUCGGAGUCGAGACCGUUAUGGUUACGGUAGAACGGGCUAAAUGCACCAAGCAUUGCCCAUCUGGAGCAAAGAGUCUCCGUUGUGUUGCCUAUAGACCCCAGUCAAUUAAUGAAAUUCACCCCAAGCAUCAAUAUUUAUAUGUGCGUACCUCCAA